UGUCGUAACCAGCAGGUUUGAGCUCGCGCGAGUUGAAUCUAUCUGCUACCUUGAAGAUUCUUUUUCAACUCCUGCAGGUGAGUACGUAUAUGUAUUAUAUGUACAAUUUACUUUUGGUAUUACUCGGUGAUUUGCUCAUAAAAUUUCCCAGAAAUGGAAGCAUCAGUAUCUCAAAUACCAGGAGGAGGAUCCCUGGAGGCCGACAACGAAGACAAAUAUACAAGAGACGGAACCACAGACUUCAGAGGAAACCCUGCAGUAAAAGAGAGCACAGGAAGAUGGAGAGCCUGCCCCUACAUUCUUGCAAAUGAGUGUUGUGAAAGAUUGGCAUUUUAUGGGUUGAGCACCAAUCUUAUAAGUUACAUGGAGGAUAUCCUGAAUCAAGGCAAUGCUACAGCAUCCAACAAUGUCACAAACUGGUCAGGCGCUUGCUAUAUCACGCCACUUCUUGGAGCUUUUAUCGCUGAUUCUUAUCUUGGACGAUUCUGGUCAAUUGCCAGUUUCAUGAUCAUCUACAUCAUCGGAUUGACACUUUUAACCAUGUCUGCCUCUAUCAAAGGACUCAAACCUUCAUGCCAUGAUAAUGAAUGUCACUCAACUGCACCACAAAAUGCAGUAGUUUUCCUUGCACUCUAUCUCAUUGCUCUCGGCACUGGAGGGAUCAAGCCUUGUGUUUCUUCUUUCGGUGCAGACCAAUUCGACGAAUCUGAUGAAUCUGAGAAAAAAAGCAAGAGCUCCUUCUUCAAUUGGUUCUACUUCUCAAUCAAGAUAGGAUCUCUUGUUGCUUCUUCUGUACUUGUUUGGGUGCAGACUAAUAAAGGAUGGGACUGGGGGUUUGGGAUUCCUGCAGUGGUAAUGGUUAUUGCUGUUGUGAGCUUUGUCCUUGGAUCUCCAUUGUAUCGGCAUCAGAAAGCAGGUGGGAGCCCCCUCACAAGGAUUGCUCAGGUUCUAGUUGCAUCGAUAAAACAAUAUCGAGAAAAUGUUCCUGAUGACAAGUCUCUGUUGUAUGAGGUCACUGACAAGGAAUCUGCAAUAGAAGGAAGUCGUAAGCUUGAGCAUACAGAAAAGUUGAAGUUCCUCGACAAGGCUGCAAUUGAGACUGAGAAGGACAAGAUCAACAGCCAACCAAGUCCAUGGAGGCUAUGCACAGUCACUCAGGUCGAAGAACUGAAAAGCAUCAUUUAUCUUCUACCAAUAUGGGCCACUGGAGUGGUCUUCUCCACAGUCUACAGCCAAAUGAGCACUGUGUUCGUCCUCCAAGGCAAGAAGAUGGAACGCCAUGUGGGACCUCACUUCCAAAUUCCUGCAGCAUCUCUUUCAAUGAUGAACACCAUCAGUGUCAUCAUAUUGGUUCCGGUCUAUGACAAAAUUAUCGUUCCUAUAGCACGUAAAUUCACUGGAAAUGAACGAGGAUUCACCCAGCUGACUCGAAUGGGCAUUGGCCUUGUCAUCUCCAUUAUUGCAAUGCUAGCAGCUGGCAUUGUGGAAGCUAUCAGGCUUCGUAUUGUUGCAAGAGAUAAUUUAUAUGAUUCUAAAGAUUUUGUGCCUAUGUCAAUUUUCUGGCAAGCUCCUCAGUACUUCAUUGUUGGAACUGCAGAGGUUUUUGCCUUUAUCGGGCAAAUGGAGUUUUAUUAUGACCAAGCGCCGGAUGCAAUGAGGAGCAUGUGCUCAGCGCUGGCUUUGACUACUGAUGCACUUGGGAAUUAUCUUAGCACGCUGCUGGUAACAGUUGUUACUAGCAUUACUGCAAGAAAUGGGAAGCUUGGUUGGUUUCCUGAUGAUUUGAAUAGGGGCCACCUUGACUACUUCUUCUGGCUUCUUGCCGUACUCAUAUCUCAAAUACCAGGAGGAGGAUCCAUGGAGGCCGACAACGAAGACAAAUAUACAAGAGACGGAACCACAGACUUCAGAGGAAACCCUGCAGUAAAACAGAGCACAGGAGGAUGGAGAGCCUGCCCCUUCAUUCUUGCAAAUGAGUGUUGUGAAAGAUUGGCAUUUUAUGGGUUGAGCACAAAUCUUAUAAGUUAUAUGGUGGAUAUCCUGAAUCAAGGCAAUGCUACAGCAUCCAACAAUGUCACAAACUGGUCAGGCGCUUGCUAUCUCACGCCACUUCUUGGAGCUUUUAUCGCUGAUUCUUAUCUUGGACGAUUCUGGACAAUUGCCAGUUUCAUGAUCAUCUACAUCAUCGGAUUGACACUUUUAACCAUGUCUGCCUCUAUCAAAGGACUCAAACCUUCAUGCUAUGAUAAUGAAUGUCACCCAAGUGCACCACAAACCGCAGUAGUUUUCCUUGCACUCUAUCUCAUUGCUCUCGGCACUGGAGGGAUCAAGCCUUGUGUUUCUUCUUUCGGUGCAGACCAAUUCGACGAAUCUGAUGAAUCUGAGAAAAAAAGCAAGAGCUCCUUCUUCAAUUGGUUCUACUUCUCAAUCAAGAUAGGAUCUCUUGUUGCUUCUUCUGUACUUGUUUGGGUGCAGACUAAUAAAGGAUGGGACUGGGGGUUUGGGAUUCCUGCAGUGGUAAUGGCUGUACUUGUUUGGGUGCAGACUAAUAAAGGAUGGGACUGGGGGUUUGGGAUUCCUGCAGUGGUAAUGGCUAUUGCAGUUGUGAGCUUCUUCCUUGGAUCUCCAUUGUAUCGGCAUCAGAAAGCAGGUGGGAGCCCCCUCACAAGGAUUGCUCAGGUUCUAGUUGCAUCGAUAAAAAAAUAUCGAGAAAAUGUUCCUGAUGACAAGUCUCUGUUGUAUGAGGUCACUGACAAGGAAUCUGCAAUAGAAGGAAGUAGUAAGCUUGGGCAUACAAAAAAGUUGAAGUUCCUCGACAAGGCUGCAAUUGAGACUGAGAAGGACAAGAUCAACACCCAACCAAGUCCAUGGAGGCUAUGCACAGUCACUCAGGUCGAAGAACUGAAAAGCAUCAUUUAUCUUCUACCAAUAUGGGCCACUGGAGUGGUCUUCUCCACAGUCUACAGCCAAAUGAGCACUGUGUUCGUCCUCCAAGGCAAGAAGAUGGAACGCCAUGUGGGACCUCACUUCCAAAUUCCUGCAGCAUCUCUUUCAGUGAUGAACACACUCAGUGUCAUCAUAUUGGUUCCGGUCUAUGACAAAAUUAUCGUUCCUAUAGCACGUAAAUUCACUGGAAAUGAACGAGGAUUCACCCAGCUGACUCGAAUGGGCAUUGGCCUUGUCAUCUCCAUUAUUGCAAUGCUAGCAGCUGGCAUUGUGGAAGUUAUCAGGCUUCGUAUUGUUGCAAGAGAUAACUUAUAUGAUUCUAAAGACAUUGUGCCUAUGUCAAUUUUCUGGCAAGCUCCUCAGUACUUCAUUGUUGGAACUGCAGAGCUUUUUACCUUUGUGGGGCAAAUGGAGUUUUAUUAUGGCCAAGCGCCGGAUGCAAUGAGGAGCAUGUGCUCAGCGCUGGCUUUGACUACUGAUGCACUUGGGAAUUAUCUUAGCACGCUGCUGGUAACAGUUGUUACUCACGUUACUACAAGAAAUGGGAAGCUUGGGUGGAUUCCUGAUAAUUUGAAUAGGGGCCACCUUGACUACUUCUUCUGGCUUCUUGCCAUACUCAGCCUCUUGAACUUUGGGGUCUACCUCCUGGUUGCAAAGUGGUACACCUAUAAGAAAACAACCUAGGAUUGAUGACAUAGGGAAAUAUAGCUCAAAAUCAAGUUUUUAGCAGUUGUGCUAGAUACAUGUUCGUUCUACUUGCACUUGCAUGUAGUUUAUGAAACUGUACGAAUACUUCAACGGAAAGGUUUCACAGUUGAAGGAUUCAAUCCUUAUCACUUAUUUCUGUCAAUUUAUACUGCCGUAUCAGGAUUUGUUUAGAAUUUUUAAAAAGAGCAAGAGGUUGAUGAUUUAUUUUAGGAUUUGUUUGACUCAAUUGCAUACUUAUUGGUUGGAGAAGCCAAAUGUACACCUUCAGGACAUAUAAAUCUUAAAGUAUAGUAGUAUAAAUAAUUCUGAAUCAAAAUUUUUGCAGCAAGAUAUUGCAACAAAUCUCUUAAAAUUUCUUCCACUAUGAUAAAACUCCAAGUAAUGGUGAGGUAAACAAUCCUAGAAAUGAAACCAACUCAAGCCAAAGCAUAAGAUUAUGGGGAAGCACAGCUGUUAGUGAAAUUCCAAAGGAGAAUGCAGUCUCGGAAGUUAAGAGAUACGUUUAUAUCUUGGGUUGACGUCUGUGAUAAGCCAUCAUCACAGCGGAUGCCAUUUUUUCCAUUAAAGAGGUUGAUUGUGGAAGUCACAUUGUUGUUCAGAUUUGCGGGUGUGCUUGCCUCAAUCAUUUACAAGUGGAGCCUAUCAAAUAAUUGCCAAGGCGAGAGAUAUAAGAGAUGAUUGAACAGAAAAGAAGAUAAUAACUUUUCUUCAUUUCAGGAAGGUGGAUAAGUUUGCUGACGGCUAAGCUGUUGUAACUCCAGCACUAGAGAUACAAGUAAGAUAGAAUGUUGCUUGGUAAAAUAAACCACAGUGAAAUCUAGAACCUGUGCUCUGAUACAUCCCAGCUAUCUUUGCUUUUGCAUCAGAGGUUUAUCUUGGCAAUACCUCUUCCACUGCCAAGACUGUGUAACUGAAUUACACGUUCUGAUGCAGCAAGUGAUAGAGACUUCUUGUUUUCUUUCAGCAAUGGUUAUAAUAUGAAAGAGGGAGGACCCAAGACCGAGUUAAAUACGCUUGUAAAUUGCAAAUCUGGUAAAUUGAUAAAUAUUUAAAUUACAAGAUUUUAUGCAAACAAUUUGACUAGAUAGAAUUUGCACGGAGAAAUACAUAAUCUGCCUUGCAAUAAAGGGAAGAGUGAUGUGACCCUUGAAUUUCCUUCGUGGUCAAUACCAGAUGGACAUCAGAAACGAAGGUAAUUUUGCCCCUCUCUGCCUCUCUCGGUUUAUAUUACGUGUAUGAAU